AUGGACAGCAGGUGUGCUGGUGCUCAGCUCCUCCACGUGGACCUCCAUAUUGAUGAGCAUGAACCUCGCAAAGGGAUCCUGCUUCUCCUCAGCAGACUCCGUCCUCGUUGGAAUGCACGGGACGUUAAGAUGAAGAAAUUCACAGAAGGCAUCACCAACCAGCUGAUUGGAUGCUACGUGGCGUCUCUCCAGGAGCCCGGCUGUGUUCUGGUGCGGCUCUUCGGCAGAAUGACGGAGCUCUUCGUGAACAGGGACCGGGAGGUUGAGAUGUUCCAGGUCUUCCACGCCCACGGCUGUGGUCCGGAGAUCUACUGCAGCUUCCAGAACGGCAUCUGCUACGAGUUUGUCAGAGGGACAGUCCUGGACGAUCAGCUGCUCAAACAACCCUCCAUCUACAGAUUGAUCGCAGCAGAGAUGGGGAGAAUCCACUCCAUCCAGCCCAAAUGUGCUCUGCCUGUUGAACCUCUUCUCUGGACAAAAAUGUCCCAUUUUCUCACGCUGAUGCAGAGCAGUAUCCGCAGUCGCCCGGCGGAGCACAGUCCCUCGGCUCUACGAGAGGUGCCCAGCUUUGAGACUUUGUCGGUUGAAAUGAAGACGUUGAAGAGACACCUCUCGCGGAUUGACUCGCCGACCGUCCUCUGCCACAACGACCUUCUGACAAAAAACAUCAUCUACAACCACACGGAGGGUGUGGUGAAAUUCAUUGACUACGAGUACGCCGAUUACAACUACCAGGCCUUCGAUAUUGGCAAUCACUUCAAUGAAUUUGCCGGUGUGAAUGAUGUUAACUACAGCUUCUACCCGAGCCGGGAGCUGCAGAGGGAUUGGCUGACGGCCUAUCUGGAGAGUUACAAGCACAGCGCAGGACACGAGGUCACCGUCACAGAGGCAGAAGUUAGGCAGCUCUACAUUCAAGUCUGCAAAUUCUCCCUGGCAUCCAACUUCUUCUGGGGUCUUUGGGCCAUCCUGCAAUCACGCUUCUCCUCGAUUGACUUUGACUUUGAAAGAUAUGCAACGGCACGACUCAACUUCUACUUUGAGAAGAAAGAGGAAUAUUUCGGACUGACGAUAAUGUAGACACAGAGGAGAGCUGUGACACAGAAGGAUCUUAGAAAUGUG